UUGAAGACGCUCCCGCCCCGUCCAAAACCUCCCCCGGACUCCGAAAUCGAAGAAUCCUACCUCAAAGGCAGCGGCCCCGGCGGCCAAAAGAUUAAUAAAACCAAUUCCGCAGUCCAGCUCAAGCACAUCCCCACCGGCAUCGUCGUAAAGUCCCAAGCCACUCGAUCACGCAGCCAGAACCGCAAACAAGCUCGAGAGAUAUUGGCGCAGAAGGUGGAUGAAUUCUUCAAUGGCGACCAGAGCCGCUCUUCCAUAGUUGGGGCGAUAAAGAAGAAGAAAGCAGAUAGCGCGGCCAAGAAGAGUCGGCGAAAGUACAGGCGAUUGGAAGAGGGAGACGAAGAGGCCAACGCCGAAGUCGCCGCCACCCUCGAAGAUAGUCCGGACGAGAUUGCCGAACAAAGUAGUGACACAAGUAAAGAG